ACUGUCUAAAAACGGUAAACACAAUGGUGGAUACGAUAAUCUGGCAACGCUGGACCGUGAGCUGUCAGGGUGCCCUCCAUCACAACACUGCCUUCACGGUGCACGGGGCGGCUCAACCAUGGCCUAACCUGCCUGCUAAAACACUCAAGGAGAACAGCAACAACAACCCUAAAUAAUAAUAAAGAAGAAGGAGGAGGCGAGGGUAUCUGUCAGCCGCCAGGACCACCAGCACACCCCAGCCCUCGCGGUGAAGAGCUGCACUUUGUUUCCCUUCACACCUCACCUCGACGACCUGUUUCCAAGAUGACGGUGGAAAGUAACACCAGUGCGGAUCUCACAACACUCUUCAAGUCUUGUGUGAAGACCAUCCGCACACGCAACAAGGCCAUUGGUGUCACCCUGCCGCAGACCAAGAUCUUCCCCAGUCCCCCGACGCCUGCUUCACAGUUCUAUUCAAGGGCGCGGGAUGUGAUGAGCAAUAUAAGCAGUCACAGGAACCUGCUCCAGGACCAUCGCAAAAAAUACCUCCAGUACCAAGACCACUCCAUGACAGACUAUGAAAGGAGCUACAUGGAGAAGGUUGUCAAGACUAACCUGCGCAUCAUUGACGACAACAUCCGCACGCUCAGCUCAGACCUGCAGGGGGAGCAGCAGGGCUCCAAGGAUGCCCAGGAGUGCCAGCAGAACAUAAUGGCCAUACUGAGGAUGAACUUCCAGGGGAUAAACUCUACCUUCAAACACAUGAAAGAGCUUAGGAAAAAGAGACAAAAGGAAAAGGACAACUUGUAUCGACUGCAGCGGCCAUCUGGCUCCAGAAAGCGAACAAGUAGUGGUUCUGAGGAGCAGAGCAGAGCACCUCAUCCUGCCCUGCGAGAGAGCCUGGAGUCUAGUCGUGAUGCUUUAGAAACAUCUCAGUCUGAAUUGUGGGGCGAUUGGCCGGAGAGUCCUGAAAGUGACCAGUUAAGCCAAGAUGGAAAUCAAGACAGGGAUGACAAGGAAAGCACUGAAGGAAGUAAAAGGAGAGGACCAUCAGAUGCAGGGAAGAAGCAAACAUCCUACCUGGAGGACGAGAUGGAUAAGAUGCUUGGAGAGCUUAGUCCAGAGGAGCGGCAGAUGCUGGAGGAGGAGAAUGAUCACCUCUACAAAGAGCUCCAGUCCAACCACGAAGAAGUGCGGCAAAUCACUAAACAGAUGGCGUCCCUGACAAGGGAAGACGUUCUAUUAGAGUAUCUAGCUCUGAAAGGCACACACACAUUUGAGGGUUCACUUGAAAAGGUUGUGGAAAAACACCAAGAGAAGUUUAAACAUAAGAGAAACAUGAAAAAAAAUGACAUUGCAGCUCUAAAGCACCAAUUUCAUAAAAGAUGGCAGAAAGCCAGAAGGUUAGCAUCAAAGUUUGUUGAAGGGAAUGAAGAGUGGUUGAGAACGGAACUAACAUUAGCAGCUAACGAUGAAAAUGUCUGUUUCACAACCUGUGAGAAGGAUCGGUCAUUGAAUACACAGAAAAGAGGUAGAGAAUUAGUGUUUGAGUUCAAGGAUGCAAGUGAACGAACGAAAAGGAGAAGAACCCAGCAAUUACGUCAAGACAAAUCAACAGAGGAGCUCGUGUAUGCCACUCAGAUGAAACUUCGACAAUCAGGGAGAUCUGAUGCAGCCAAGAUCUGUGCAGAAGCAACUAUGACUACCCCAAGAAGGCCACAUAAGAUGUUAAAAAAGUUAAACAGUCAACAAGAAACACCACUCUCACCCCAUGAAGCUCUUGCAGUCCUUAUAAAUACAAAUAUGAGCAAAAGUACAUACUGCUAUCUGAGAAAGGUGCAGAAGGAGAGACAUUGUACCUUAUAUCUGCCUUACAACUCUGUCCUGAAAAUGAAAAAAACUUGCUAUCCAGCAAAUAUUGCAGUGAAUGAAUUUAAUGUUGAAGUUCCUCUUCAGAACUUGUUAGACCACACAGUUGCAAGUCUACUGAGGUGCCAGGAGAGUGCACUAGAUCUGAUCAAAUCAGACAAAAAUGAUAACAUUGAACUAGAACUUACGACUAAAUAUGGGUUUGAUGGCAGUGGCAACCAGGCAUUGUAUGACAUAAAAUAUGAAAAGGAUGCACACGGAGACAUAAGUGAGAGUGAUCUUUUUGCAACUUUCAUUAGUCCCAUAAAACUGGUCGUGAUGGCAACUAAUAAAGUAAUAUGGUAUAACAGUGCACUGUCUUAAACUGCAUAUUGCCGG